GAUAGUUGAGUGCUAACUCGAUUACUCGCUUCCUACUACCAUUCACCUGAACUUCUGAUUCUAAUUGUACGUAAUUUUGUUAUUUGCUCUAACACUUAGGUUUCCUCUUUCCAGGUGCUAGCUAGCUCAAGUGCUUAUUAGGAGUACUUAAUUAGAGGCUUAAUAAGUAACUGAGUUUAUUCCUCCAUGUCUUUGGCAGAUGAGCUUCUCGCCGAUUUGGAAGAGGCGGUCGGGGAAGAAGAUGAAGAGCUUUCGGAAGCAUACAGAAAUGCAAACUUGCCAACGACGUCUAUGGACCACGACGGACUCCAUAAUGGAUCUGUGAAACAAGAACCUCAUGACUCAAAACAUUCAAUUCAGUCACAAUUAUGUAAUUCCGUCAAAGAAAUAGCUAAACUAUAUGCUAGCGAGGACCUGAAAACACUUUUGGCUCUGAUAGAACAGUAUCAAAAUGAAGCGAGCUCUUCCAAAAGUAAAAUAGUUGGACCAGUAGAACAAGACCCGGAGUAUAAAUUGAUUGUGAGUGCGAACAAUACGGUACUUAAAAUUGAUAACGAAAUUUACCUCGUACAUAAGUUUAUUCGCGAUCGAUACACAAAACGGUUCCCAGAACUGGAGUCGCUGGUUCCUUCAGCACUUGACUACAUUAACACAGUUUUGAUUUUAAAAAAUGACCUUUCAAAAGCAAAAUCCAGCGAUGAGCUGGCGCAGAUUUUAAAUCCUGCAACAGUGAUGGUAGUCAGUGUAUCAGCAGCAACAACAACUGGAAAGUUUCUAGACGAUGAAGUUUUGGCAUCGAUCAUUGAGGCAUGUGACAUGGCCAAGGAACUACACGAAGUCAAAACAAAGAUUCUUUCGUACGUCGAAUCAAGAAUGUCGCUAAUUGCUCCGAAUUUAUCUAAUAUUGUGGGGGCGUCAAUUGCAGCAAAGCUCAUGGGUAUUUCAGGAGGUUUGACAGGUCUUUCCAAAAUGCCGGCCUGCAACGUGCAAGUCCUAGGAGCUCAGAAGGCGUCAAUGUCAGGAUUCUCUUCGAUUGCAGUGAACCCGCACAGUGGUUUGGUGUUCCAGUGUGAAAUUGUCCAGCAAACUGCUCCAGAUUUGAAACGAAAGGCGGCCAAGUUUAUAGCUGCGAAGGCAUCUUUAGCGGCUAGAGUUGACAGCAACCAUUCUUGUCCAAGCGGUUCCAUAGGUAUGCAAUUUCGAGAAGAGAUAAUGGCAAAGUUGACCAAGUUGAACGAACCGCCGUCGGUUAAGCAGACGAAAGCGCUUCCGACCCCUAUUGACGCACCGCGCAAGAGAAGAGGCGGUCGACGGUUUAGAAAGAUGAAAGCUCGAUUAGGCGAAACUGAAUUGAGAAAGCAAGCGAACAGAAUGAACUUUGGGGAAGUUGAAGACGAUAUGAACCAGGAAGACUUAGGGUUUACAUUGGGAAAUAUUGGCAAAUCGAGCCAAACUGGAGGUAUCAGAAUGGCUCAAGUUGACAAGAAAACUGAGGUCAAAUUGUCGAAAAGCUUGCAACGUAAACUGGCAAAAGAUCAAAUUCACGGCGGCAGAACUACAGUAAGGCAACAGAUUUCGGGAACGGCGUCUAGCGUGGCUUUUACACCGCUAGAGGGCCUGGAAAUUAAAAACCCGAAUGCUGCUAGUGAAAAUUCGUCCAAAGAUGACAAGUACUUUGCAGCUACUUCAGGAUUUUUGAGUGUGAAACCAGUUAUUCCGAAGUAAAGAAAAAUUAACUCGUUAUGAAACAUUUUGACGAUUAAAUUACACAUUCAGUAGCGUUUUGUUUGGAUUCCUGAGUUUUUGUUGAAUAAAUUUUAAGUUCAAA